AUGGUCCUCAGGGUUCAAGAAGGCAUGGUCUUCAGGGUUCAAGAAGGCUCGGUCCUCAGGGUUCAAGAAGGCGUGGUCCUCAGGGUUCAAGAAGGCACGGUCCUCAGAGUUCAAGAAGGCAUGGUCUUCAGGGUUCAAGAAGGCUUGGUCCUCAGGGUUCAAGAAGGCACAGUCCUCAAGGUUCAAGAAGGCGCGCGUGGUCUUCAAGGUUCAAGAAGGCACGUGCGGUCUUCAAGGUUCAAGAAGGCACGUGCGCUCUUCAGGGUUCAAGAAGGCGCGGUCUUCAAGGUUCAAGAAGGCACGUGCGGUCUUCAGGGUUCAAGAAGGCGCGGUCUUCAAGGUUCAAGAAGGCACGUGCGGUCUUCAGGGUUCAAGAAGGCAUGGUCUUCAGGGUUCAAGAAGGCUCGGUCCUCAGGGUUCAAGAAGGCGCGCGUGGUCUUCAGGGUUCAAGAAGGCACGUGCGGUCUUCAAGGUUCAAGAAGGCGCGGUCUUCAAGGUUCAAGAAGGCAUGUGCGGUCUUCAGGGUUCAAGAAGGCAUGGUCUUCAGGGUUCAAGAAGGCUCGGUCCUCAGGGUUCAAGAAGGCGCGCGUGGUCUUCAGGGUUCAAGAAGGCACGUGCGGUCUUCAAGGUUCAAGAAGGCACGUGCGCUCUUCAGGGUUCAAGAAGGCACGGCCCUCAGGGUUCAAGAAGGCGCGGUCCUCAGGGUUCAAGAAAACGCUGGUCCUUAGGGAGGUUCCUGCGCUUCGCAGUGGGAGAGAGGAAUUACGAGUACUGCCGUCUCCCCUUCGGCUACGCGCUCGCGCCUCUGACCUUCUCAAAGUGCGUGGAGGCGACACUGGAGCCGCUCAGACGCGCAGGGGGGUCUACACGGGCACAUGUGGACGUGAAUACCAUUUCGUGAAGCAGGAGUUGAGCUGGAGUGAGGCUCAGACCUUCUGCAGAGUGCACCACCAGGACCUGGCCACAAUCACCGCCCUGGAGGAGGCUAGCACCCUCCACAGAGACCACAACUACACCGGACUGGCCUGGAUCGGACUCCACGAUGUCUGGAGAUGGACUUCCACUGGAGAAACGCUUGGACACUACACCAACUGGAAAACAAGCGCACCACCUGAUCCAAGUCCCUGCAUCGCGAUUGAUUCUGCGGACGUGAAGUGGUUUGGCCAUACCUGCUCUCAUGAACACACGUUUUUGUGUUACACAGCGGGAACCCCAAAGCGGUACCAUUUCAUUGAAACGACAAAAACUUGGGACGAUGCGGUGCUCUACUGCCGAAGCCACUACACAGACCUGGCGAUGAUUCAGAGCGGUUCUGAGAGCACCUCGGUGAGCUCUCUGCUGUCGUCCAAGAGUGAACCGUGCAUUUGGAUCGGCUUGCACAAAGAGUGGUCCGACGGCACCGGCCUGGGCUUCACAAACUGGGAAGACGACAGUGAUGGUAACCAGUGCGCAGCAGAAGGACCGGAUCAUCGCUGGUUCUCCCAGGGCUGCGGACAAAGACUGCCUUUCUUCUGCCAGGGAGCAAGGAUUAAGAAGUCUCUGCGUGUAAAGAUGACGUUCGGCUCUUGUUUGGAUUUGCUCGAUGAAAGCAAGAUGAAGAUGAUGUUACAACAGAUGGAGGAAGCGCUCAGGCUGAAGGGCGUCACUAACGUCACAAUAUCCACAAGAUCUGUGCGAGUGAAGACUAUGGAUCUCAACCUGCCGCCAAAGCCGACUGUGUCUGAGCACUGUCCUGUCUGGAACAUGGGUCCUCAGCUCGGUCAGGAGCCGGAGGAUUGUGGGAAUAAUAGUAUCACUGGGGAUCCAGAUUGUUCCGGAUUGUAA